UAUUAUAUGUAUACAUGUGGAUAGAGCGGAAUUGUUUAGAGAUUAAUCGCGUUCCUAUGAUAUCCAUAAAAAUUGUUACGAGAAGUAUGUCGGUAAAUCUUUUUCUCUUCUCUUUUCUCUCUUUUCGGCUUCAAUCAUUCACGCAAAUAUGUUCAUGGAUAUAAUUUGCGAUACAAAGUUCGCUCUCAGAAACUACAACUUCAUUCCUGAUUCGAGGUUGACUCGAAUAACAAUCUCCAAUCGAAGAAUCUUUCUAAAAAUGUCAUUACGUAUACAAAAGUGAUCGGCCAGUAGAAUCGAUGAUGGUAUCGUUAUUGUCGUAACGCUUAGAAAAUGAAUUUGAUCGCGCAAACCUUAGAAACAUAUAAAUCUUGUACUCAUAACAAAGAAUGUUAAAGAUAUCGCGAUGUUACGCGAGCGAAAUGUUUAUUGAAGUUGCACGUUGUUCGUCGAUGUCGAUACGGUUGGAUGAGAUAACUUUGGAUCGCUAUCGUAGAGUAACGUAUAUAUGAUGAUAAAUCAUAUGCGACGCGAGUAAUUUCCCGAAGAGGAAGCAGACGCGUAGCUGACCAUUAGCUGACACAUCCAUUUCGUAGUAACGUCAACGGGAGACAACGUCACGCAUCGUGCUGCGCGCAUGGUCCGCUCUUUACUUAAGCGUACAUAUGAAUUACGAGCAUGUGAAAAACACGCGCCGUGAUCGAUCCUCUCGAUCGCGACCUUGUAGUACGUGAAGCACUAGUACUUCGCCGAGAUAAAGAGAGAUACGAAUCAUCUGAAUCAUUCGACCGAAAUUCGGCAUUGCGAAAUUGUCAGUGACGUGAUACUAUUUCAAUUUUAUCAAUGCAAACUUUAUCAGAUCUUGAAUAAUCAGAAGGAAAGAGGGAGAGAGAGAAAUCAACGUUCAUUUACGCGUUCUGAAAUAGGAUCCUUUCAAGUGCACUAUCAGUUACAUUAUUAUUAGUGGUAAAUCACAAAAAAAUUGGUUAGUAACGAAAAAAGCUAAAAAUAAUUAGAAUUAAUAUAUAUGGAAGAAAUAUGAAAGUGAGAGAGAGAGAGAGAGAGAGAGAGACGCUUCUUGGAAGAGUACACGUGAUUGCAAAUAUUUGUACGGGAGUGUUAAUCGCGGCCGCAGCGAGGCGCCAGAAGCGUGCGGAGCCGCUGGCCGGCGGUACUGGCGGCAGGCGGCAGACGGGCAGAACCGCCGGAACCAACCAGAAUCAACCGCAGUCGUGAGAAAUCGCGCGACGGUGCUUGACGCGGUGCUGUGUCCCAGCUGUCCCGCGUCAGCGUCGAGAACAGUAGAGCGGUCGCAAUUUGCCCGCGCGGUUCGUCACUUUCGAAACGUCGCGUCGGUCAUCUUUGUCGUGCGAAAGGUAAAAAAUUACACGCUUGUCAUCUCUUUAACUUGAAUGCGAUUUCAAGAGUACGUGUACGCGCGGGAAAUUUCACUUUCUCACGGUGCUUCGAGAGUCGAAAGAGAGAAAGAAAGCCUGACGCCGCGUUGGAAUUGAAACUAAACGUAGCAAAGGUGUAACGUCGUCGUGCGUGCGCGCGCGCGCGCGCGCGCGCGAGGACGCGGCCGCGGGUCGUUGCACUUCCGACCGCGUGCUCUAUGUACUCCGCCGCGACCUUUGUACCUCGUCUAUUUCUCAAAGCGUUCGACGCGAACGAUGUCGUUCGAUCGUUCGACCGAAGACUGUGAUGAACGCGACGGAAUUAGAAGCGAAAAGUGUCGUUGUUCGAUCGCGUCGGAAAGUGCCAAGUGAAGGAGCUCCGGAGCCGGCGCUGCGCGGCGACUCGCAAGAAUGAUCUUCACCGGUAGAUCGGUAGACGCUCUCGACGAGGUGCGAGGUAUCCCAGAAUCGGACGGUGCGACCGGACGCCGAGAUGUGAGUGCCGUUGCUAUCGCAGCCGGAUGGUUCUCCAGUUUGCGGAGACCCGGCAAGAGGAAAAAGAACUAUCAGAAGCAAGCCAAGAGUGCCUGGGAUCUCAGCGUUUUGUCCACCACCAUCACCACUAUUACCACCACCACCACCACCACCACCACCAGCAGCAGCAUGCAAUUGAAAGAUGAAUUGGGCGAGGUUGUGGCAGAAAUGGAGGCGAUGGAGGGCGGCGGACUUACGACCGACGAGACUAAACCGUCCAACAAAGCCAAGCAGACGUCGAUUGGUCGCAAAAAGUUCAAUAUGGAUCCCAAGAAGGGCAUCGAGUACCUGAUAGAGCACAACCUGUUGACGCCAACACCGGAGGACGUUGCUCAGUUUCUCUACAAGGGCGAGGGCCUCAAUAAAACUGCGAUCGGCGACUAUCUCGGUGAACGGCACGACUUCAACGAACGCGUGCUUCGAGCCUUCGUCGAGUUGCACGAUUUCACCGACCUCAUAUUGGUGCAAGCCCUACGACAGUUUCUUUGGUCGUUCCGACUGCCCGGCGAAGCGCAGAAGAUCGAUCGCAUGAUGGAGUGUUUCGCUCAAAGGUACUGCCAACUAAACCCGAAUAUUUUCACCAAUACGGACACUUGCUACGUCCUGAGCUUCGCCAUCAUCAUGUUAAACACUUCGUUGCAUAAUCCGAGCGUUAAGGAUAAGCCCACCGUAGAGCAAUUUAUUUCGAUGAAUCGAGGGAUUAACAAUGGCGGAGAUCUGCCGCGUGAAUUGCUUGUGAGUCUUUACGAGAGUAUAAAAACCGAACCUUUUAAAAUACCGGAAGACGAUGGUAACGACUUGAUGCACACCUUCUUCAAUCCUGAUAAAGAGGGCUGGCUAUGGAAGCAAGCAGGCGGACGUUACAAGAGUUGGAAGAGGCGAUGGUUCAUAUUGAACGACAAUUGUUUAUACUAUUUCGAGUAUACAACGGACAAGGAACCACGUGGUAUCAUUCCGCUAGAGAAUAUUCAAGUUCGAGAGAUUCAAGACCGGCAUAAACCGCACUGUUUCGAAUUGUAUGCUGCUGGUUCCGAAUUUAUAAAGGCAUGUAAGACUGACAGCGAAGGAAAAGUCGUCGAAGGAAAACAUACGGUAUACCGAAUGUCCGCAGCUACCGACGAAGAAAAGGACGACUGGAUCAAAUGCGUGCGACAAAGUAUAUCGCACAAUCCUUUCUAUGACAUGCUGGCGGCACGAAAGAAGAAGGCACAAAAAACAAAUGUACAUUCAAAGAGUUAAGCGCUGCCACAAGCCGAAUUUCGCGAGAAACUCGGCGGACCAGAAGACUGUUUUUAUUCGCGAUCCACAGUAUCGUCGAAUACAACCAAAUAACAUGAUGAUGGCGAAAAUCCAUCGAGAAAGAAAAAAUAACGCCGAAAGCGUUAUAAAUCAUGUCGAUAGUUAUCACGCCGUGAUAAUGUCACGCGAAAUAUCAUUACGGUAAACGCUACGUCUGCAUAUACAGAUUACGGCAUUUAUAUGACAUUGUCAGAUUAAGUAUGAAGUAUAAAAUUGACGUAAAAUGAAUAUCUAAACGAACUUGUUAUGACAGUACGAUACGCGUCGUUAUAACGCGAUUGUCAUUAUGUCAGUGAAAGAAAAAAGAUCUUACGCUAGAGAGAUCUAGCGUUACAUUUCCAUUAUCCAUUUUAAUGGAUAAAUUGCCUCUGUAUUCUUUCUGUAAAAGAGGACAACAGUUUUACAUUGAAAAUUGAAGUCUUUAAGAUAAAUAAUAAUUAUAUGAUUGGAUUAAUUGGAUUAACCAAAAUAAGACGUGAAAGAGAGAAAUAUCAGUUUAUACUUAACAUUUUGUAUCUUGCUAAAGAAGUCAAUAAUCUCAAAAAUUGUUCUGCUGGUAUUGCAAAAAAAUGCUUUUAAUGUUCUUAGUGCCAUGGCAAUAAAUUAUGUGAGAACAACUUGUUAGUUAGAAAGCUACGGCGGAGAAAAAUGGAGCAUUUCUUAUUUUUACAACAGCUUUAAGACACUGUUAAAGCUUUAUCUGAUUUCAAAAAAAGUAAUAUUCGAGAUAUUUCGUACAAGAUACAAUAAUACCAUUCUGUAUUGCGUAAAUGAAUGAUGAGUAACGAUUUCCAAUUAUUAAAAAGGAUAUAAUGCCGAGGACUUGAUAAUAACUUCAUGUGAUUAUUUGUGUGUUUAUUUAAACAAAUAUGUACAAAAUAAAAUAAAAUAAUGCGUUUUCUGCACGAGACAACAUUAUUUUAGACUAUUCAUGCUUGUACGAUUUAUGCAUACAGCAUGAUUAGUUAACUUAUAGUGUUUGUUUAGUUUAUAAAAUUGCAUACAUAGUACGUGGACAGAUGGACACACACACACAUACACCACACGAACUGCACACAUCUGCAUUCAAAAUUCAGUGCAGUGAUUAAUGCAUGUAAUAAACUUAAAUGAAUAAUAUCUUGGUGAGAUCUGGCAGAAACCUGCAUCAGUUUUUACUGAAAAAAAGAUAAAAAACUGAGAAAGGAAAACAUUAAAAGAAAUUGAUAGAUUUUAUACAAAAAUAUGUGUAUGUAUAUGUAUAUAAAGAACUUGUUUCAUGAUUAUAUAUAACUCUCUUACAUUCUCGAAUAAGAAUAUAAUAAUAAAUAAUUUCAUAUGGAAAGAUGUCCGUGAUUACAUUAUGUUUUGUGAUGAAAUUUAUAAUUUGUUCGCAACCUUAUAGUUUUUUCUUUUUUUUUUAUAAUAUCCUGUCGUGUGUGUGCAUAUAGAAAUGAUAAAAGAAUAGCGACACACAGAGAAGCAGGUGCCUUUGAGAUCGUCAAGCUAGUCAUAGCUGAUCCGUCAUAUACGAACGAUUCGGAAAAACACUUUUCUUUGCUAUAAGCAAGGAAAAAUAAACAUCGAAAACGCCUUAUUAUGGUAUUAGAUAAUGUAACACUGAAAAAAUCGCAAAACAAAGGUAAUAAUAGAGUGUCAAUUUUUAAUGUUGUUCUAUUCUUGAAGAGACAUAGACUCUGUCUAUUACAAUAGAAUAAUCUCUAAUUAAUAGUGGAUUUAUGCAGAAAGGAACAUUUUUUAUAAAAAUAUUGAAAAUAUGUAAAUCAUAGAUUGAUUUUGUUAAAUAUUACGUAGUUGAAUAUUUUUCUUUUCGUAUCAUAUUCAUAGAAAUCAUUUUCAAUAUAUUUAGUUAAUAUUUUAUCGCGACAUGUAUUCACAUAGGUCUGCCGCGCGAUACAUACAUACAUAUAUAUUGGGUCAUAUCCGAAUAUCAAGAUAUUCACAUGUGUAAAAUUUCAUACUUAAUGACUCAGUAUAUAUAUAUAUAUCUAUAUAUAUAUAUAUAUAUAUAUAUAUAUAUAUAUAUAUAUAUAUAUAUAUGUGUGUGUGUGUGUAUGUAUAUGUAUAUGUAUUCCGGAGAUAUAUUCUCGAGAUAUCUCCUUUAUAGCUUCUGCUUCCCGAUAGUUGCGUGGACAAUAAUAUUACGUUAUCAAAAGGCCAAUAUAUAUGUGUAAUACAAUUGUGGAUAAAGAUGAAACAAUGCAAAAUCAUAUUUUUUAAGCCAUUUAUAAAUUACGUUUUCUCACGCAGUAUUCGUCGAGUCAUUGUGUUGUAAUUCUGUACUGUUUACUUUUUAAAGACCAUCAAAGUUGAUUAAUUAUUUGUGCUGGUACAUAGAUAUUUUAUGUAGUUUACAGAUAGUUUAGUCGACUAUCGCCCUCUGUCAAUAUCGAUAAGAACGCUUUGUAAAAUUAUAUUACAGAUAUUAUAUUACAGAUAUAUCAUAGAUUUAUUGUUACAUAUAUAUAUAUAUAUAUAUAUAUAUAUAUAUAUAUAUAUAUAUAUAUAUCUCAUAGAAAAAUUGCACUUUCUAAAGGAUCGAUAUAUACUUAUGUAGUUAGAAUAAUGAUGAAACAUUCACACAAUAAGUCUACGACAUACAUUAUGUACAUGACGAUUUGUGCGUGCAUGUGUGCAUCACACACAAAUCAACAUAAAUUACAAAUCUAGUGUUGUAUAAAAUAAAGUAAAAUUAAUUUGUCUUUGCCUUUGUAGCUCUUGUAAUUUGUAAUUUUCCUCUGUAUAUUUCAUUGUAAAGUACAAAGAUGUAACAAAGAAUGUAACAAAACGUUAAAACUAUGUAUUAGCAAAAUAAUUGAUCGAAUUUAAGGAAUUGUAUAAAAAAUUGUAUUUUAUUAGUAUACAUAGAAAAUUUGUACAUUUUGUUGUAUAUUGCUUAAUAAUUAUCAUUAUAUAUAAUUGAUUAUAUAUUGUAUUUAACAAGCGAAUGUAUGUAUUAAUUUAAAUAUAAUUAAUAAAUUUGUUUCUAGCAAA